AUGCUUAAUAGCAAAACAGAUGAGAAUUUCAAAUAAGUGAAAAUGAAUCCACUUAAUAAUUCAACUAGCAAAUAGCUUUAUUCAUUUUCGAAAUCUCCUCGGUUCAAUUAUAAAGUUAAGCAUGAAUAAAAUUCAACUUCAUUUUAUGAGAUAAAAGGCACAAUUGGUUCUCCCAAUAAAGGAGUUUCUUUUGGACUGGGAACAAAAGUAGAUUUCUCAAAAUUGAGUGAUAAAACUCCAGGUCCUGGUUCAUAUAAAUUAGAGAAAGAGAAAACAUCAUCAAAUUUACAAAAACACACAAUGGGUAUUGGGAGAACGUAUUUUAAACAAAAGAAUGAUAUGCCAUCUGUUGGGAAAUAUAAUAUUGCAUCUAGCAUAAUUAAAAAAGAAAGAAUACCACAUUUUGGUCAAAAAAUUGCAAUGAAGGAUGAAACAUGUUCUCCAGGUCCAGGAAAAUAUGAUAUUUAGUAUAAGGAGCACUCUUAAUCAGUAAUUUACCAUCCAGUAUCAGGAAGAACUAGCCGAACGCCUGAUUGCAUUCCAGGUCCAUAAUAAUAUAGACCGAAAACAGAGUUGUCUGCAAGUUAUGUGAAUUCAAAUUGGUCAAAUUGCUAUGUACCCAAGUUCUCGAAGGAGGAGAGAUUUAGCAGUAAAUAGAGCAGUACACCAGGACCGGGGAAAUAUUAAAUACCAGGAGAGUUUGUUUAUUUGAGAGUGAGACCAAUUGAAUAUGAUCAAUCUAUGCUAAGUAUAGAUUAGAAUGUUAUCUCUAUUAAGGAUCCAACAUAUAAAUAGGCUGAAUGGCAAUAAUAUCGUUAUGACAAGAUUUUCCCAUCCUCCUCAACAUAAUAGGAAUUGUUCGAAAGUGUCUUUAAUUUUGAUUAUGAGAAUAAGAAUGGAUGUAUAAUAUCUUAUGGACAAUCCGGUGGUGGUAAAAGUUACUCCUUAUUUGGAAAUGUUCAACAUCCAGGAAUCGUUCCUCUAUUGAUUUAAUAGAUACUCCAAAAAGGAUUGAAUGUUUAGGUGUCAUUUCAAGAGAUCUAUGUGAAUUAAAUAAGAGAUUUAAAUACAAAUUUGAUCACAGAGGAAUUCACAAAGCGAUAAAUAUUGUUAAUCAAUGAUUUUUGGGAUAUGAUCAAAAUUCUAAGAAGCACUGAUAUCAAAAGAUAAAUGAGAACUCAUAUUAUACUCACAUUGGAGAUCAAUUCCAAUACUAAGUUAUAGUUUGUAGAUUUAGCAGGAUCUGAAAGGGUCGCAAAAAAUAUAACUGAAGGCGAAAAAUUUUAGGAAGCUAUCUUGAUUACUGCUAGUCAUUAAGUACUUAAUCGCUGCUUAAAUUCUUUCAAUCAAAAUCCAAAUAAAAUAUUACCAAAAAAAGAAUCCAAAUUAACCUCAGCAUUAAUAAUUGAAAAUAACACACAGGUUGUGUUAAUUGGAACAAUUAAUCCUAGUUAAUCAAAUUAUGAGGAAUGUUUAUUGACACUUCAAUAUUUAGAUCGAACGAAAAAUAUAUAGGCUACGAUUAAAAAAUAAUAAUCUAUGUUAGGCUUUGAUUCUUAGGUUAACAUAUAAUAAGAGAAAGAAAUCAAGAAAUUGAAAGAUGAAAUUGAAGAAUAUAAAAUUAAAGUUGAAUAAUUAAAUGCUGAUAGAAAGAAGAGAUUUCUAGAGUUACAAAGACUUUUAGGGUUGGAUAUUGACUUAGAAAGGCUCUCUGCUAAAAAUGCAAAGGAUGUCACCAUCUUCAAAAACCAAUAAGAAGCUUUAUUAAAAAAUGUCAGUUUGUCAUAAUAAAUCGAAGAAUAUUAUUAUGAAAAUGCGCAAUUAAAGAAGGAUAUUGAAGAUUUGAAAAAGGAUACCCAUACUAAAUUGGAAAGAUAUUAAUAACAAGUCUUGGAACAAAAAGAAAUUAAUAAAAAAUUGAAAGACUAAUUAUAAUUGUCUAAAAUGAGUGGAGAUGAUGCAAUUCGAUUGUUAUCUUAAGAUAGAGAUUAAUUUAUUAAAAAAUUACAAGAUGAAUCUAAAAACCUACUAGAAGACAAAGUUGCUUCUAUUCUCAAUCUUCCUUAAACAGCUUAGACAAAAAAUGUUGAAAAUCAAAAGCUUCAAGAAUUGAAAAAGUAAAUCAAAACAGAAAUUGAAAAGGAAUUUAAUAAAGGUCUAGAGAUUAUUAAAGCUGAAUAUUAUAAAUCAUUGGAUCAUUAUAAAUUUUAGUAUGAGUAAAAGCUAAGCGCUAAAGUCUAAGAAAUUGAAAACUUUCUUAUUUAAUUCAAGAAAUACAGAGAGAAAAAGAAAUCCUAAAUUAAUGAAAUUGUUGAAGAAUUAUUAGAUUUAUACGAUAUUAUUACCAAACAAGGAAAAGUAAUUGAUAAAAUUGAAACAGGAGGAUAUAGUGGAGGAUUAAAGUCGUUUAGUAUCCCUAAAUAAGACAAACCUAAUCUGCCAAAUAAAGUCAAACAUAAAAACUUAUUUCAUUUUCUAGAAACUAAUAGUGUUACAGCUACCUUGACUAAAAAGGCAUCAACUAUAGAAAAAACAAUUAAAACAGCUACCAAAUAAUUAAGAUAAUCAUAAAGUUAGAUUAUCUUAGAAAUUGAUUACAAUUAAUUGGAUUCUAUAAACUUUAUGUCCAUGGAUUUUAGUACUGUAAGGGCAUAUGCAAAUAAAUUAAGAGAAAUGAUCAAAGAACUUCAAGAUUAAAUAACUGUAAAUUCAGAUAAAUUCAAAUAACAAAUAGCUCAGGUUUAAAGAGAACGUGAUGAUGCUCAAUAAAAAUAUAAUAUGGAAAGUAGAAAAUACAAUUAAACCAGAGUCGUUAUAGAAUCUCAAAAUAGAAUAUUGUCAAAGGUUAGGCCCCUCAGUUCAGUGUAAAGGAAAUAGUGA